AUGGAAGUAGGAGGACGGCCCGGUCCGUACAACGUCUUCGUGUUGCCUUCCGUUGCCCUGUCGGAACUUGACGCCUCUGUCUGCCCGUCCUUCGCCGCCGCCGCCGCCGCUGCUGUCGCGUUCUCCUCCCGUACUCGCGCACAUCUCGAGAAGGCAGCAGAAGCCCAUCCAGUCGCGGAUGGCUGACGCGGCGGUGCAGGACGCUGCCGAGCAGCUGCUCUACCUGAAGCUCGCGUUCCUCGCCGGGGAGCCUCCCGCCUGCGUCCUCGCACUCGCCAGAAAAGCUGGGGGAGGCUCUAUCACACCACAUGUCCAAAAUUUUCUUUUGGAGAUUUGCACUGGAACUAAUGUAGACGGACGCCAAAACUUUACUUAUACAACAACUAUUUUUAAAAGGAUCAUAUCUGAGGUUGAAUUAUCGUCGGGGACUGUGAUUGAUGGACUUUAUGAGGAGUUUGCUCAGCGUAUGUUGUCCAAAGCAAAAGAUUCGUUGUUAAAUAAGACGAAUCAUAUCUAUAAAGAGAUAUCUUUUCUUUCUUCUACACAUGAUAAUGUUUCCUCAAGGUUAAUAAGUGUUGUUGCUCGACUAUCAUGUUCUUCUAAUAUGCUUGAAGGUGAUACAGGGUGCUCUCUUUGGCCAUCAAGUCUAUUCUUGUCAGAGUUUAUUCUUUCAUACCCUGAAAUUUUCUCCACAAAGUGUUGCUUUGAGCUAGGUUCUGGUGUCGGUUUGGUGGGAAUUUGUCUUAACUAUGUUGGUGCCUCUAAGGUUAUUCUUACUGACGGUGAUACAUCUACACUCACAAACAUGAAGGAAAAUAUGGAAUUGAAUAACUUAUGCAUUGAACAGGAGAAUUCUGAAGUGUUAAAAGAAAGCAAGAAUAAGGUAGAGUGCAAAUAUCUUUCUUGGGAAGAUGUAUCUGAAAGUGAUUUAUGGGGCUACCAGCCAGACAUAGUUCUUGGGGCAGAUAUUAUGUACGAUCCAGUCUGCGUGCCACACCUCGUUCGAGUACUCUCAAUGCUGUUAAGCCGAGACAGCAGACAAGGGGAAAACAAAGGAAAAUCUGGUGAUGAAUUUCAAACAGAGGGUCCCGUCGCAUAUGUUGCGACAGUUGUUCGAAAUGCAGAGACCUUCAACUGCUUUGCAAAAGGAGCUGCUGACGCCAAGCUAUCUGCUAUAAACAUUGCCAGCAGUGCGGCUCCUUCAAAUCUUCUCCCCUAUAUGCUAUCAUAUGAUAGAUCAAGUGUGCAACUUCUUAAAAUUACUUCAUUGUCAUAGAAUUGAUAAGAAAAAAAGUUGUGUUUUUUAAGCAUUCAUAAUCUCAACUCUCAUUGUAAGAAUUCAUUUCAAAUGGUUCCUCAGUGUUCGUUUCCGAGAGUCCAUACUAUCGAAGGAAAUGGAAUAGUGCAGUUGUUUUUCGCUA